AUGACAGAAAUCAUUCAGUGUAGGAUGUGCCACCUCCAGUUUCCAGGAGAGAAGUGUUCCAGAGGGAGAGGAUUUUGCAUCGCGACAGAAAAUGAGGUUUGCAUGACCGGGAGGAUUUUCAAGAAAGAUGGGACUCCGUGGUUAACAUUCAUGGGCUGCCUGGAAAAGUGCGCGAAUGUGGACAAAAUAAAAUGGAGUAUCUACUUGGUGAAGUUCAGAUGCUGCAGAGGCUAUGACUUAUGCAAUGAAUCCUUAUAG